AUGAAGCUCUUAGCAAUUACACUACUCAUAACUGCAGCUUUAGCGAAGCCACAAGGAUACAGUCUGCCAUCGCAAUCAGAGAAUGGAUUCUCCUCUGGUUUUACCAGUGGCCCCGAAAUACAGGGAGGAAACGAUUUUACAAGUGGUAUUAUAGGCGCAUCUUCGCAUGAAUCUUCAUCCGGUGCGGGAUAUAAUGGGGAUUCUGGAGGUCCUUCCGGUGCCUGUCGUGAUGGAGAGAUCCUUCAUGUAGACGGAUCUUGCGUUGUUCCUAAAAUUACAAGAACUAUCUAUGUGUUCAGGGCUCCUGACGAGCCUCAGCAGCCAGUCGGUCCGCCACCAAGCGUGCCACCACCGAGAGUGGAAGAAAAUAUCGUUUUCGUUCAUGUUCCGGAAGCAGGACCAGCACCUGAUCCCAUCAUCCUUCCUCCACCACGCCAAGAGCAGAUCGUGUACAUCCUCAACAAGAACGAUGGAGGCGGAGGCCAGCGAGUGAUAGAGGUCACCGCUCCUCCACCUUCUGAUCCUGAAGUUUACUUCGUCAACUACCAAGAAGGAGAAAAUCCAACUCUUCCUAUUGGUGUUGAUCUUGAGACUGCCCUCAGUGUCGUCGCCAAUGGAGGGGGUCAGGCCAUCGGAGGAGCAGCCGGUUUGGGGGCAGAUGGUUUUGGAGAUGUUGGCUUUGGAGAUACAGGAUUUGGCGACAGUGCAGUAGGCACCUUUGGAGAUGUAAUAUUUGGCGAAAGUGGAGCAGGUGGCUUUGGAGGAGAUUUAAGAUUUGGCGGAAGUGGAGGAGGUGGCUUUGGAGGAGAAGGAGGACUUGAUGAAAGUGGAAUAAGUAGCUUAGGAGGAAAUGGAGGAUUUGGCAAUAACGGAGAUGAAGGGAGAUAA